GUUUGGUGGUGAUGCGAACAAGGUCACGGACACGGGCGGCGCUCCGGCAGCAGCACUCCAAGGACGACAACCACGCUCCUAUUAACAUCACGGUGAACAUCCACAUCCACGUAAACCAAGAGGUUGUACUCCUUCAGACAGGACUACCUGAACCACAGCCUCGGUACUUGACUCGACUCCAACGCCAACGGCUAUCAACACAACUCUCCACGUCGAAGCUCUCUACACAGUCUGGCACGUUCCAAUCCAACGACAAUAGUGCUAGGAGGAUCGAACACACUGUGACCAAGCCUGCCCCGACCCAGCGCAGACCUGUCGUGGAGAAUCCAAAGGCUAAACGGCGGCGGGUUGACGUGGACUCCCUCAUGGUCGAACUGACGUCCAUGUCUAUGGGAGCAAGGCCACCCCCACUUCAGAUUGGCUACUCUACCGCAGCUAUGACCACCCCACGAAACCCAUUCAAGAUAUUUACCCCCCAGGCAACGACACCCCCCGACAUCUCUCGCUUCAUGGACCACUGCCAACUGCAGCCGACUCCAACAGACGAGCUGUCUGACGCCGUGGCCUCCAUGCAGUUGUGUCGCGUCGAAGACGACAUGGACGCUACACUGACGCAGUUUACUAGCCUGUCGUUACAAGCGCCUUGCGCAAGUCGGUAUGACGACAGUCAUUUUCUCCACCACUUGCUCGACAAACGACUGAGUCUCCACGGCCCGUAGCUGUAGACUGCGCUUAUUUAACUUGAAGAUAUUUUCACUUGUG